AUGGAGGAGGUUGACAUUUGUAACAAAAGUAAUCCAAAGGAACUAGAGUUUCCUAUACAAAUCAGAAGAAGAAAUAAGAAAAAAAAAAACUAUGAAGAAACUGAAAAUAAUAAAAAUGAAAAGGAAGACAUCUUGUUUGACAAUAUUGUAGAUUUCAUAGACUAUGUAUAUCGAACAGAAAUAGAAUUUUCGCCAGACUCUCUAUACAAGUUAAACUAUGUCUAUCACAAAGAAAUCUUGGGAGAUAUUUGGAUUUUUACCAAGAAAGUUGACAAAACUAAACCUUUGGCAUUCACCCAAUAG